AUGUCGGCGCGAAACACUAUCACCGUCAAACGCUUACCGGAUCGCAAUCCAGAGCCCGGCAACGCCAAAGCUCACCAUGUUGGAGAACCGCCCACCGCCUUUCGUAAUCCCUGGCCAUCUUUCAAGGAAAACGCUAGCAAGGCAGAACUUUUCAAACUCCGCUUCGGUAGCCACCCCGAGAAGAACUUCGUUCCCGUGCCGGAAGGACCAAAUGGGGCCCGGUCAGAGCAGCUCGUCAAAGUUUUGAAACCACAUUGGGGAGAAACGCAACGGGAGAGGCUGCGAGCGACUUGGAUCGGUCACGCUUCUUUCCUCGUCGAGACGCCGGCGCCGCCCGGCCAGGAUCGCGGGAUUCGAGUUUUGUUUGACCCGGUAUUCAGUGAAAGAACGUCUCCAUUUACGUGGCUUGGGCCUAAACGCUAUACGCCAACACCAUGUAGUUUGCAAGAGAUUCCAGAUCCGGACGUAAUCUGCAUAUCCCAUGAUCACUACGACCAUCUAGAUUUUGAUGUCGUUUCGAAACUGUACAACAAGCUCAAAGGGCGGCUGCAUUUCUUCGUAGGAUUGAACAUUAAGAAGUGGUUCUUACAGCAUGUCGGCUGCACUGAUGACGACGUGACUGAAAUGGAUUGGUGGCAAAACUGUGAGCUAGCCGUGCUCGAUGUCGGGCAGGCUCGUCUGACAUGUUGUCCGACUCAGCACUUCUCUGGCCGCACGCCUUUCAACGGAGGGUCUACACUUUGGUGCUCAUGGGCUCUAGAAAGCACCGGAAAAAAACUUUAUUUUGCUGGAGAUACUGCAUAUCAAGCCAAAGAUACUCCGAGUCCUUGUCCGGUGUUUGCUCAGAUUGGUGAACACAUUGGUCCUUUUGACCUGGCCAUGAUUCCAAUCGGCUUAUACAGUCCCACUUACAUCGCGGCUUCCGUUCAUGUCCACCCGGAGCAGUCCCUAAAAAUACACAAGGCCAUCAAGUCACGCCUGAGCGUGGGUAUGCAUUACGGAACAGUUCGCGGCGGAUUGAGCGCUGCAUACGAGCCCGUCACCGAUCCUCCGAGGAGAUGGCGAGAAGCUGCAGAAAAAGAAGGCGUCGGCCUUUGCCACGUCGGAGAGACUGUGUUUGCGUGA